AACCUCUGCAGACACCUGAACUGAGAGACAGUGAGACAGAGAACCCGAGUGUCUGCACUGGAGAAUGCAAGGGACAAGAGACACUUCUAUUAAACAGUUAGACACCCAGAAGGCAACAGGUAGAGGGCUCGUGCAUUGAACACGCACUCUGUGCCAUGAUAUCUGUCCUUACACCUACAUAUCAACUGGCAUUGGAGUAAAACACCACUGAAAUAUCUCUACUAUUUAUAAAAAAAUGGGAGUUAAACUCGGGGAUAACAAGGCGGAGAGAUCUUUGUCUGACUGUCGAAAAGGAUUCUUCAAUAACAUUAAGGUCUUUGUGCUUUGCCAUGCUCUCCUGCAACUCUCACAGCUUCUAUACAGUGCCUACUUCAAGAGUAGUCUGACCACCAUAGAGAAACGCUUUGGACUUUCAAGUUCCUCUUCUGGCCUUCUUUCGAGCAUCCAUGAGAUCAGCAAUGCUGUGCUCAUCAUCUUUGUCAGCUACUUUGGAAGCAGAAUCCACCGGCCACGAGUUAUUGGUAUAGGUGGUCUUCUGCUAGGUCUAGGCACAUUCCUCCUCACAUUUCCACACUUCCUGUCUGAAAAGUAUCAAUACACUUCACUGGAAAAUGGAAACAAAUCUCAUUAUGGAGAGUUGUGUACAAAAGAGAACAGGACAUCAACCUGUGCAAGUCUAAAUGGCAAGCAGUUACCUGGAUCAAGCAACCCAGAGGCCACAAACAUGUGGGCAAUCAUGGUAGUGGGACAAUUGCUGGCUGGUAUCGGCACUGUACCCAUCCAGCCUUUUGGCAUUUCUUAUGUAGAUGACUUUGCAGGACCAAACAAUUCUCCAUUAUACAUUGCCAUCCUCUUUGCAGUGGCUGUUUUUGGUCCAGCCUUUGGGUAUCUCCUGGGUUCGGUAACCCUCAGAAUGUUUGUUGAUGUUGGAAGAGUAAACGUUGAGGAACUAAGUAUCAACCCGAGCGACCCCCGCUGGAUUGGCGCCUGGUGGGUUGGUCUACUCAUUGCAUCUGGAUGCAUGGUGAUUACGUCUAUACCCUAUUUCUUCUUUCCACGGCAUAUGACAAAAUCCAAGAAUUGUGCCACAGAGGAGAAUGUUCUAAGAAAGAGUCCAGACGUCACAACCGAGGAAGGCUCUCUUUCCAACUUCAUUAAGAGUUUCCCACGUUUCUUUGUAAGAUUGCUUACGAACCCUCUCUUCUUGAUUCUGGUUCUGGCCCAGUGCAGCUUUUCAUCAGUUAUUGCUGCCUUAUCCACAUUCCUCAACAAGUUUCUGGAAAAACAGUAUGGAGCCAGCGCAUCCUAUGCCAACUUACUCAUUGGGGCUGUGAAUCUUCCUACGGCUGCUCUAGGUAUGCUCAUAGGAGGCAUCAUCAUGAAAAAAUAUGGCUUCACAGUGAAAAUAAUUCCUCGAUUUGCCUUAGCUAUCUUGGUUCUUUCAAUACUAUUGUGCGUUCCACUUUUCUUCAUGGGUUGUCCUACGCAAGAGCUGGGCGGCAUCAAUGACAAUAAAACAGACAGUACUUCCAACUGUAUCAGCCAGUGUGGCUGCCUGGACUCUGUCUUCAAUCCUGUUUGUGGGUCUAAUGGAGUGGAAUAUCUGUCUCCAUGUCACGCCGGUUGUACUACAUACAGCUCGUCUGCAAAGGUCUAUAUGAACUGCACCUGUGUUGAACCUAGGUCGAGUAAAGGGACAGCACAUUCAGGGUCCUGUAUUGCCAACUGUGCCCACCUUCUGUUGCCAGUCAUGUUCCUCAUCUCAUUUGCUGGGCUCAUUGCAUGCCUUUCCCACAACCCUCUCUAUAUGAUGGUUUUACGGGUGGUGCCUCAGGAUGAAAAAUCAUUUGCAAUUGGUGUUCAGUUUCUUCUAAUGAGACUUCUUGCCUGGUUACCUGCACCAGCUCUCUUCGGUUUUGUGAUUGAUUCAGCAUGCAUCAAAUGGGACAUGUCAUGCCACGGGACACGUGGUGCAUGCAGAUAUUACAAUAAUGACUUUCUGCGGAACAGGUACUUGGGUCUUCAGAUGGGCUUCAAACUCCUAGGAAUUUGCCUGUUGAGUAUCAUUGUCUGGAAGGUGAAAAAAAGCAAAGAAUACAACGUCCAAGAGAAGGAAUCUGGUGUAGCAUAAAACUGUUCACUAACACAUGUGAGAGACUGAUGCACUUUUGUCCCUCCUUGAAACUUUGUAUUCCUCAGGGGCCAGCCACUACAAGUCUUGCCAAGUCCCCUUAAAACAAUGCCAUGUACAGCUCAGCGGCUGUGCAGAGGUCAAUGGGACAAGUCCGGAAAUAUGUUUGUUGACCUCUCUGCCCCAAAGGAACGGAAAAAUGCAAACAACCUGGAGAGUAAUGUGCAAUUAACAGACAUCUUUUUUUGUAAUAUAUAUAUAAGCAGCCAUACGUAAAUAUCACUAAAAUGCAACAGACAUUUAAAUUAUUCACCAUAUAUAAUAAAUAUCCAUUUCUUAUU